UAAUGAAACCCUGAAUGGUUUGCAGAUAUAGUCUGCAAUAGAAAAGCCCUACAGAGGGUGGUUUGAGGUUACCCAGUUAAUUAACAUAGUUGCUUAACAUUUCAAAAUACAAAUUCUUUAGUAUAAUUGUACAAGGUUGCUGCUUGUUCAAGUAAAUUAACGAAGAGGCUACAUGUCUCCGUGGCUUGCAACAUGGGGACAAGAACCAUUCUAAUUCAUUUAGCCUAGUGAAAGAAAGUGGGGCCUUCUUAUUAGCUUAUGGAUUGUGCCAAUGGUUCGUUUAGCUAUUAUUCUGGAUUUGGUUGGCAAAGGACAAAAGAUUGUCUUGAGAAGUUCAACAAAGAUGAACACAAAAUAACCAUUUCUAAUUUCUAGACGAAUAAUUCUUUUCUUUCCUUUUGUUUUUUCAAUGAAUAAUGUCCACGGUGCUUUCUGCUCGGCCUCUCUUUCCUUUUGCCUGCCGUGUGUGGUCUCUGGACCAACAGAUAUGGAUCUCUUUUGUUAUUUAAUUUAAUUAUUUUGCUUUUCUCGUUAUUCUUGUGUAUGUUAAUUUCUACGUUGUGGGGGUAAUAUGGAGAUAUAUAGUAAUCUGAACUUUUAAUUUUAUGGAGCACCCAGCCGUAGCUGCUGGUGCCUCGUCAAUCAAAGUCAGUAUAAGAGGAAGAUUCAGGUCAAUAAUUACAGGUUUCGUUUCUGUUUUUAAUUUCAUUGUUAAAUCUCAAAUCAUAAUUCCGCGUACAGAAUUGUUCUUCUUCUGUCAGGAAUAUGUUCUUCAAUUCUGUCAUUUUAAUUGAACUGCAAAGAAAUCUUCUUUUUCUUAUUUUUUUUCCCUCUUCCUAUUUUAUUUGAUUUUUUUUAAAAGGUGUAGGUUUAGGAUUCGAUUAUGCGUUAUUUGGUCUUGAAAGCUUUUCAUCUAAAUGCUUUUAGUGACCCAAAAAUAUUCCCGUUAUCAGUACAACAACCUUUCUUCAGGGAAAAGAGAACGAAAGAAAUAAGGAAAAUGUAACAACCAAAUAUGAAAAGGCUGAAAAUUAUUCAUGAUGCUGUUGACUUGCAGUGGUGCAUACACUUACUAUAAAGCAAGCCUGGACCAUCAUUAUCAUAUCAUGUUCUGUACACAUUUAUGAAGCUGGAAGAUUAAAUGCUGAGAACAGCAGAGAUAUGAAGAGAGAUUUAGACCUCUAACAACUCCAAAGGUGUAUCAAAGAACUCAAAAGUUCAUCACAAAUCUUGACAUCAAAUCUUGUCCUAAUUAAGCAGACACCAUUUACAUUUCUUGAUCCCAGGGAUCAUAAAGAUUGCACAGGCAUUGCGUGUCUGUUUGGACCAAGCAAGAUGAGAACGUGCUUUAGUGGGAAGUUUAGGAUCACAGAGACAGAACCACCGUCGGAUGUGAAGGAAGCAUUCGUGAAGUACACGGAAGGCAAGAACUACAUGACGGCAGAACAGCUGCAGCGGUUCAUGGUAGAAGUUCAGAGUGAAGGUGGCGCUUCAGUCUCUGAUGCAGAGAUGAUAGUGGAUCAGAUUUUGCAGAAGCGUCAUCAUAUCACAAAGUGUGUAAGGAGCUGUCUCACUCUUGAUGAUUUUCACCAUUUCCUUUUCUCAACAGAUCUCAAUCCACCCAUAAGUAACCAGGUUGAGCAAGAUAUGACAGCACCUUUGUCCAAUUAUUUCAUAUAUACAGGGCACAAUUCAUAUUUGACAGGAAAUCAAAUCAGCAGUGAUUGUAGUGAUGUCCCUAUUGAAAAGGCGCUGAAAAGAGGUGUGAGAGCUGUGGAACUUGAUGUAUGGCCCAAUUCAGCAAAAGAUGAUGUACUUGUUCUCCAUGGAUGGACCCUUACAACUCCUGUGAAGCUAAUUACGUGUUUGAAGUCCAUUAAAGAGCAUGCCUUCUCUUCAUCUCCAUACCCUGUGAUAAUAACCCUUGAAGAUCACCUCACUGAGAAUCUACAAGCUAAAGUAGCGCAGAUGAUUGCCGAGACAUUUGGAGACAUGCUAUUUUAUCCUGAAACUGAAUGUUUGAAAGAAUUCCCUUCGCCAGAGGAACUGAAGUAUAAGAUAAUUAUAUCAGCCAAACCCCCAAAAGUGAAAGGGGAUCUUGAAGCUAAAUGCAUGAAGGGAAACGGAGUUGAUCUACUGAAGGAAAGAGAUUCUAGUGAAGAUAUAUGGGGGAAGGACCUAUCACCCAUUUCAUCUCACCAGGAAGAGGAUGGGAAGAGUGAUGGAGAUACAAGUGAGCAGAAUCAGGGUGAUGAGUACAAGAAUGUCUGUAAUCAUGAACUGCGGCCACGAGAAGCACCUGCAUACAAGCAUCUAAUUUCCAUUAAUGCUGGAAAGCCCAAGGGUGGGUUAAAGGCCGCAUUAAAGCUUGAAUUUGAUAAUGUUAUACGCAUUAGCCUGAGUGAGCAGAAGUUUGAGAAGGUUGUUGCAACCCAUGGAACAGAUGUCGUCAGAUUCACUCAGAAGAACAUUUUGAGGAUAUAUCCUAAGGGUAUUAGGAUCGACUCCUCCAACUACAAGCCAAUGAAUGGUUGGCUGCAUGGAGCUCAAAUGGUUGCACUUAACAUGCAGGGAUAUGGUCCAGAAAAUCAGACAUUUGAUCCUAGAGCUAAAUUGCCAGUGAAGAAAACACUAAAGGUUAAAGUUUAUAUGGGAGACGGAUGGCAUUUAGAUUUUAAGCGAGCACAAUUUACUUUAUUUUCUUCACCAGAUUUCUAUAUCAGGGUUGGCAUAGCAGGAGCGCAAGCUGACAAGACAAUGAAGAAAACAAAAAAAAGGGAGAACAAUUGGACACCAAUUUGGGAUGAAGAGUUCACAUUUCCAUUGACUGUUCCAGAAUUGGCUUUGCUUCGUGUUGAAGUUCAUGACCGUAUCAUGCCUGAGAAAGAUGAUUUUGCAGGUCAAACCUGUUUGCCUGUUUCUCAAUUAAGGCCAGGCAUCCGUGCAGUCCCCCUCUUCAAUCGGAAGGGAAAUAAGUUCAGUUCAAUGAGACUGCUAAUGGGGUUUGAGUUUCCAGGAAGUGCCAAGUUUUAGUUUGAUCAACGUAUAGAUGAUAACCCAUUUUUUUAGGCCUAGUGUGUAUAGAUUACAAUUCAUAUAAGAUGUACACCACUGAAAAAACAAACUAUCAGCAACAAGUAUUUUCAUCGCUGAUAGUUCAAAAGCUGCUGAUAUUAGUGACAGAUUUCUGACCGACUUCAAUCAAGUGGGUAAAUGGCUGUAAACACGCGUGAAAUUGAUGAUCAAGUGGAAUAAGUGACUGCAAGUUUGUAGCUUC